GACGUGCGCGCGGGCCCCGGGGGUGUGGGGCUCCCGGGAAGGACCUGGGGGCUGAAGCCUCAUGCGGGACGGGACCUUCUCUCGCCCCCAGAUGAGCCCCCGCUACCUACAGAGCAACUCCAGCAGCCACACGCGACCCUUCGGUGCCAUCGCGGAGCUGCUAGAUAACGCUGUAGAUCCAGAUGUAUCAGCCAGGACCGUCUUUAUAGAUGUCGAGGAGGUCAAGAAUAAAUCUUGUUUGUCCUUUACUGAUGAUGGAUGUGGAAUGACACCUCACAAACUCCACCGAAUGCUCAGCUUUGGCUUUACAGAUAAAGUAAUAAAGAAGAGCCAGUGUCCCAUCGGGGUCUUUGGUAAUGGUUUCAAGUCAGGCUCCAUGCGACUAGGAAAGGAUGCUCUUGUCUUCACCAAGAAUGGGGGUACUCUCACUGUUGGACUCCUAUCACAGACUUAUCUGGAAUGUGUCCAGGCCCAGGCAGUUAUUGUACCAAUUGUUCCAUUCAACCAGCAAAACAAAAAAAUGAUUAUUACUGAGGAUUCCUUGCCCAGUCUAGAAGCCAUCUUGAACUAUUCAAUUUUCAACAGUGAAAAUGACCUGCUAUCCCAGUUUGAUGCCAUCCCAGGCAAAAAAGGCACUCGUAUUCUCAUUUGGAAUAUCCGAAGAAACAAAGAUGGAAAGUCUGAGUUAGACUUUGAUACAGAUCAAUAUGAUAUCCUGGUAUCAGACAUUGAUGCAGAAGAAAAAGAAAUUGAUGGUGUUGCCUCUGAGUUGCCAGAAACAGAGUAUUCCUUACGGGCAUUUUGUAGUAUUCUAUAUAUGAAGCCACGGAUGAAAAUUUUUCUGCGUCAAAAGAAGGUGACUACCCAGAUGAUUGCCAAGACCUUGUCCAAUGUAGGAUAUGAUAUAUAUAAGCCUACCUUCACUAAUAAGCAAGUGAGAAUCACUUUUGGAUUCUCCUCCAAGAAAAGUAACCACUUUGGUAUAAUGAUGUAUCAUAACAACCGGCUCAUAAAGUCCUUUGAGAAGGUGGGAUGCCAGGUAAAGCCAACUCAUGGAGAAGGUGUGGGAGUAAUUGGAGUCAUUGAGUGCAGUUUCCUAAAACCUACCUAUAACAAACAAGAUUUUGAGUACACUAAGGAGUACCGACUUACAAUAAAUGCCCUUGCUCAGAAGCUCAAUGCUUAUUGGAAGGAAAAGACAUCUCAAGAGAAAUGUGAAACUUCAGCUGUAACCAGGAAGAUUCCUGAUCAGACAUGGGUACAGUGUGAUGAGUGUCUAAAAUGGAGAAAGCUUCCUGGCAAAGUAGACCCAUCUACAUUACCUGCAAGGUGGUUUUGUUACUAUAAUUCCCAUCCAAAAUACAGGAGAUGCUCUGUUCCAGAGGAACAAGAAGUCAUUGAUGAAGAUCUAUAUUUAAGCAAAGCUAAAAAACAAGAUCAAACUGUUGAGAAGAUACCUAUGGAAAGUGAGACUUACCAGGUACUCAGUAAUCUACCAGAGACUCCUACUGUUCAAGAUAUUGCUAGACUGAAUGACAAGACAAUUGGAUAUGAAGGAAUGAAUACCCCUAGCCUGCUUCCAUGUGUUGAAGAAGAAAGCCAGUCACCUUCUCUUCAACUUAAACCUCUGGAUUCCAGUGUUUAUCAGUUUUCCAGGUGGAUCUUUUCAGCUUCUCAUCUAGAUAAACAUCUGCACAGUAAGUACAAGUGGAUCCUUGGUGAAGAACCUGUGGAAAAACGAAGAAGGCUCCAGAAUGAGAUGACUACAUCUCCUAUAGAUUAUUCCAUGCAUGGCUCUUACAGGAGGGUAGAGGCAGUUGUUUCCUACCCAGAAGGGGAGACUAACCAUGACAAAUCCAGUUCAGAGAGAAGUACACCACCGUAUCUUUUCCCAGAAUACCCAGAAGCAAGCAAGAAUACAGGACAGAAUAGGGAAGUUUCAGUUCUAUAUCCAGGAGCCCAAGGCCAAUGCCAGGGGUCCCUACUUCCUGAAUUAGAAGAGCAGAUGCCAAGAUUGGUAGCAGAAGAAUCUAACAGAAGUAGCACAUGCAUAAACAAAGAAGAUGUAAACAAGGGACCAUUUGUAGCUAUUGUUGGUGUUGCAAAAGGUGUUAGAGAUUCUGGAGCUCCCAUUCAGCUAAUCCCUUUUAACAGAGAGGAGCUUGCUGAGAAAAGAAAAGCAGUUGAAUCCUGGAACCCAGUGCCUUAUUCUUCUGUGGCCUCUGCUACAAUUUCUGCAGUAGCUGUUGGAGAGAAACGACGAGGCUGCAAGGAGACUGGAGGUCAUAAUACACCAAAGAUGCGAAACCAAAGUGAGCUGGAAGAAUUGAAGAAAACUACAGAAAAAUUGGAACAUGUUUUGGCUGAAAGGAAUUUGUUCCAGCAAAAGGUAGAGGAACUAGAACAAGAGAAGAAUCACUGGCGUUCUGAAUUCAAGAAGGUUCAACAUGAAUUGGUAACCUAUAGUACUCAAGAGACAGAGGGCCUGUAUUGGAGCAAGAAACACAUGGGUUAUCGCCAAGCUGAAUUCCAGAUUCUGAAAGCUGAACUAGAAAGAACCAAAGAAGAGAAGCAAGAUUUAAAAGAGAAACUGAAGGAGACACAGACACACCUGGAAGUGCUGCAGAAGACUCAGGUCUCCUACCGGACCACAGAGGGAGAUGACCUAGAAAGGACUUUGGCAAAGCUUACACGGCUACGUAUCUACGUCAGCUAUCUUCUUACUUCUGUCCUCCCUCACUUGGAGCUUCGUGAGAUCGGGUAUGACUCAGAACAAGUGGAUGGGAUCCUGUACACAGUGCUGGAGGCAAAUCACAUACUGGACUGAGCAUACUAUAUAAAUUCUCUCUCACUUCUCUUUUCAGCCUAUGUACCAUAUGUGCUUAUUUCUACCCUUCUCUUUUCUCUUUCCCCUCCCUUCUUCCUCUCCUCCUGUCCUCCUAGCCUCUCCUCUCUCUCUCUCUUUCUCUCUCUGUCCCUCUCCAUCUCUCCUCCCUACCUUUAUACCUUAUAUAGGGAACCCGAGUAAAUCUUGGCUCUUAAUCAGUUUGCUUUUUACUAAGUUUUGGUGUGGAGAAAGAAUUAAAUAGACCUUCAAGAGUCCAGGAACAGAAAACCAAUAGUUGCCAAGGUAGGUGAUCAGAAAACUUUAAUUUUCAUGACCUAGAUAUUUGUCCUAUUUCAUAUCCUUUCUCAAGUUCAUAUCCAUUUAGGUUUAAUCAGUCAGCAAACAUUGGAUCCAGUGUACCUGGUAUUUGGGAAUAAGCUAAGAAGUAUAAUUCAGAGUUUCAGCUUGCCAAGGUUUUAAUACUCUGGUUGGAAACACAAGACGCACCAAAUUAACUAAUUAUACACAGAAGUGAGUGGUACAAACAUGACAGUGAAUCUAAGGAAGGAAGUCCAAGGAAGGUGUCACACUAGAAAUGGGACCUAAUCUAAGGUUUAAAGAAUAGGCAGGACUACACUCUUAAUGGUUGUUCCUUAGGUAGUAGAACUAUGGCUGUUAUUUUUCUUUUUCUUUUCUCCCUGC